UGGGGGGAGGAGGGGGCUACAUUUAUAUCAGUGUCCAGGGCUGGGAGCCUGCUCACCAUGGACACUGCCGGGUACAGCAAGUGGGGUGGCGGGCUGGACGAGGUCCCCGGAGGGCCCUGUGGACGCUGGGGACGGCGGUUCCUCUUCCUGGCCCUGGCUCUCGUGGUCACUGCAGUCCUGUGGGCCUUCAUCCUGAGCAUCCUGCUUUCCAAGGCCUCCACGCAGCAGGGGGAGUUGCUUCGGCGCCAGGACCUGCUGAGAGCAAACGCCUCGGAGCAGACGGUGGUGCUGGGCCACUUGAAGGAAGAGUUCCGAGCCUGCAAUAGCUGCUGCCUGGGCACGCAGGCGCAGCUGAAGACCGCGCGCGCAGAACUUGCGGAGGCGCAGGUGAAGCUGAUCCAGCAGCAGAGCGCCCUGAAAGAACUGAGCGAGCUCGUGACCCAGAGCUUGGCUGAAGCGGGGAGGGACCGCGAGAACAUCCGCAGCGAGCUGUUCCGGGAGCUGGAGGCCGUCCGAGCUGGAAACAGUUCCUGUGAGCAGUGCCCCACGUCGUGGCUGCCCUUCCAGGGUUCCUGCUACUUUUUCUCGGUGGUGCGGGCCAGAUGGGAAGAGGCGCAGCACAAUUGCGCGGGCGCGGGUGCGCACCUGGUGAUUGUCGGGAACCUGGAGGAGCAGGGCUUCCUGAGUCGGAAUACAAGAGGCCGCGGCUACUGGCUGGGCCUCAGGGCUGUGCGCCACGCGAGCAAGGUCCAGAGCUAUCAGUGGAUAGACGGAGUCUCGCUCAGCUUCAGCCACUGGAACCGGGGUGAGCCCAAUGACUCCCUGGGGCGCGAGGACUGCGUCAUGAUGCUGCGUACCGGGCUAUGGAACGACGCUCCUUGCGACAGUGAGAAGGACAACUGGAUCUGCGAGAAGAGGCUCAGCUGCUGAGCCCACCCAGUCCCCUGAGCCAGACCAGCUGCCGCCUGAGCCAGGCCACCAGCUGCCCGUGUCGUCCCUCAGCUGCUGGCCCUCCUGGUUCUUCCCACCACCGUCUGGUGUGUGUGUCUUUUCUUCUCCCGCCCACCGCUAUUGAGGAGAAACAGCCCCACUCAGCCGGGUCCAGUGCCUGCGAUCUGGGACCUCCGCUCCAACCUCUUCCCCUCGGACCUAGCGUAACCUCCACCUCUUCCAAAACCCUGGCUCCUGGGCCCUUUGAUCUGGCCCCACGUCCCUCCCCAGCCGAGGUCAGGUGGCUCAGAGAUGGA